GUCGAUGGUCGAGCGGUAGAUCCACAGUCCGCACCUUAACAGACUGUACUGGAAGUUUCUAGUGAUCCCUUAUCGCUGCCUUCAGAGACAGAGGGGCAGCGGGGGUUCAUUCCUCCGCCUUUUACUGGUUAAACAAGUUCCGUUAAUCGGGGUCCAUCACUCGGAGGCUGCUAAACUGAAGCUAGCUAGCAGGCAAAGCUAAAGCUAACAACUGUUUACAGUUUAGCAACUGGCUAACAUCGAAGCUAACGGCUAGCUGUCAGCGGGGAUGUUCGGCUGUCUGGUCGCGGGCAGGUUGGUGCAGACAGACGCGGUGCAGGUCGCCUCGGACAAGUUCGUGUUCAACCUGCCGGACUACGAGAACGUGAACCAUGUGGUGGUGUUCAUGCUAGGCACGGUGCCGUUCCCCGCCGGCAUGGGGGGCGCAGUCUACUUCUCCUUCCCGGACCCGGCGAGCGGCGGCAGCCCGGUGUGGCAGCUGCUCGGCUUCAUCACCAACGACAAGCCCAGUGCCAUCUUCAAGAUCUCCGGGCUGAAGGCCGGGGAGGGCGGGGCGCACCCCUUCGGCAUGAUGGCCUCCUCGUCGUCGUCGCCCUCCGUGGCCCAGGUCGGUGUGUCGGUGGAGGCUCUGGAUCAGCUGGCCCAGCAGAUCCCGGUGUCCAGCGCCGCCGUGUCCACCGUGGACUCCUUCCUGCAGUUCACCCAGAAGAUGCUGGACAGUCUUUACAACUUCGCCUCGUCCUUCGCCGUGUCGCAGGCGCAGAUGACGCCGAACCCCUCGGAGACCUUCAUCCCAUCCAGCUGCGUCCUCAAGUGGUAUGAAAACUUCCAGAGGAGGUUGAGCCAGAACCCGAACUUCUGGAAGAACUGAUGGAGGUGGAGAGAUGAGAGACUAAAGACAAACCCACAGUGCCUACAGGUUCUGAGAAUAAAAGGUUUCAUCCAGCUCA